AUGCCAAAUCCAAUGCAAUCUUCAUUUGCACAGUUGGUUCAUAAUCAGAACAUAGUAGUGCUCGACUCAUUUAAGCUUGAAUCUGGAAUUGUGCUGGAGCAAGUUCCUGUUGCCUACAAAACAUGGGGCACGCUGAAUGAUGCUGGAACCAACGUGAUGGUUCUGUGUCAUGCAAUGUCAGGAUCCGCUGAUGUAGAAGACUGGUGGGGACAACUUUUAGGUCCUGGUGCACCAUUUGACACUAGCAAGUUUUUUAUAUUUUGCGGUAAUGUGCUUGGAUCGCCAUAUGGUACCGCAUCUCCAUGCACAAUCAACCCAAAAACUGGUUUAAAAUAUGGUCCAACAUUCCCGUUGACCACCAUUCGAGAUGAUGUCAGGCUGCACAAAUCCAUCUUGGAUCUUCUUGGUGUUCAACAAGUGAAAUUCUGUAUUGGUGGAUCAAUGGGUGGCAUGCAGGCUCUGGAAUGGGCACUGACGUUUGGACCCGAAUAUGUGAGGCAUAUUGUUCCAAUCGCUACUUCUGGCCGUCACUCGGCUUGGUGUAUCAGUUGGGGCGAGACACAGCGCCAAGCCAUCUACUCUGAUUCAAACUACUGCGAUGGAUAUUAUACUGAUGAUUGCUCGCCAAAGGUAGGACUAGCAGCUGCAAGGAUGGUUGCAUUGUUGACGUACAGAGCACGCAAUUCAUUUCAAGCGCGGUUUGGAAGAAAGGUUGUGCCAAAAGUCAGAGGAUUAUCUAAAACAGAAUUAGAGCACAACGAGGGAAACAAAUUUAGAAUCCAUGAUUCAAAUGAUAAGCAUGAAUCACAUGCUACUUUAUCAUCCAAAGAAUCAGAGCCGUCUGUCUAUUCGGCGCAAAGCUAUAUGAGAUACCAGGGCGACAAAUUUGUUUCAAGGCAACUGGACAAUCACGAUAUUUCUACUGGUCGAGAUGAUUACUCUGCUGUACUUGCCUCGAUAGUUCAAGACACUCUUGUUAUUGGAAUCGAAACAGAUGUCCUGUUCACUGUCGAAGAUCAACAUGAAUUGGCUGCAGGAAUACCAAACUCUCAAGUUGUGAUUGUGCCAUCUGAAGAAGGUCAUGACGGAUUUUUGCUGGAACUCGAUCAUAUGCGCACACUUCUCCAAGAUUUUAUCCAAAAAUGUGCACCUGAAAUGGUGGAACUCAACCCCAAUGCACAAAAGAAUACCAAUCAACCUUGA